AUGGGUAAGGAUCAACAGCGUCAGUUGGUGUUGUUCCUCGGCGUGAUCUGCGAUGGCAACAUUCUCGUCUCAUACUCGUCGCAGCAGGAAUGGGAGCCACUCGUGCGCGAGUCCGCUCAAGAGCUCCCCCCUUAUCUCAGCAAGUUUUCCGCGGUAAGCCUCGCUUCUGCGUCAAAUUCCGGGCUAGCUUGGGAGAGUAGGAAGAAAGGGUGGGGUGGGGGGAGAAAGGGGGGAGGGAGGAGUGGGGGGGGGGGAAUCAUGAGUCAUGACGCUGACGCUCACCGUCCUCUUCUUCCACUUCUCUCUUCUCUCCACCUGCUACCUUUCCGUGCAUCUCACGACACCUCUCGCGCCCUGCAUCGCUCAUCCGCGCAGGGCCAGGGGGGCAUUAUGGCCCUCUUCUCCGCCUUUCCUUUCCCUCCCGCGGAGCUCAACAGCCCGCCCGGAUACCGCUCCUCCGCCUUCUCUCCCUCCUCCUCCUCCAUGCCCCCCGCUUCAAGGGUCACGUACGCUCUUAUCGCGUACGAAUCCGCGUCUCUUCCGCGGCCCAAGGCGUACGCGUUACUAGCGCGCGUCCACGAGGGCUUUGUGUCGCACGCUGUCGACGCAGGUACUGGAACACCCCUCACGUCUGCGCAGAACCGAACUGGUCUUCCCCAUAUAACCUCCUCCGUGGCCUCUCGCCUUCAAUCCUUCCUCAAAUCGCUCGCCCAGGGCGCCCGGGGCAGCCGCACAAGCCAGGAACUCUCCAUAUACCCUCUCGCCCCACACGCGUUUCGGGUGAAGGCCCCUGGGGAGGACGCGGAAGCAGAGGCUGCGAAGAAAGCGCGUGAUAAGGCGGAGGCAGCACGCAUGGACGAGAUAAAGAACCUUCUGGAUCAGGAGUUAGAGAUGGUGAACUGUAUUGUGCAGGAGCAGGAGGCGCAGGAGCAGAAGGCGCAGGCGAGGCUGUCUUCUGAGUCGAGUCAAAAGGAGGCAGAGCGCAUGGAUGAGAUAAAGAAGCUUCUGGAUCAGGAGUUAGCAAUGGUUGACUGUAUUGUGCAGCAGCAGGAGGCGCAGGAGCAGGCGAGGAUGAAAGAGCAGGAGGCGCGAGGGAGCGCGCAGGGCAUGGGAGAUGUGCAGAGAGGUGUGCAGAGCGGUGCUGCUGGGUGGACUGACUUGGAAGCGUCGUCAGUCCCAGCAGGUUCAAGGCAGUCACCGGGGCGUUCAAUGCAAGGUGUUAGUUACUGGGAGCCAGUGGCAGGCCUAUCACCUCGCCCUGGUCGUAGGAUAUCACAAGCUGCUGCUGCUGCUGCUGCUGCUGCUGCUGCUGACACCUCUCCCAUAGCACAGCCUGCAUACGUGCGGUUUCCUGGCAGUGGGUCACACCCUGGUGGGCUAUCACUUGAUGACGUGGGUCGUGGGCCUGACGUCCAUGACCACAUCCUCAGGCCUGCUGCUGCUGCUGCUGCUGCUGCCGGUGCUGCCGGUGCCACCGGUGCUGCCGGUGCUGCUGGUGCUGCUGGUGCUGCUGCUGCCGCUGGUGGUGGUGGUGCUAAGCAGGGCUGGGAAGGGAGGCCAAUGGUGGUGCCCCGGUCUCUGACUGACCCACCACACAAAGCGAAUACUCGAGGCAGUGCUGCUGUCCCGGGAGAUGUGUCCCCAUGGCACAUUCCUCCUCCCUAUGGUAGGGAACUCUCCUUUGCACCUGCUCACCUCGUACCACCGCCAUCAGCAGCAGCAGCAGCAGCAGCAGCAGCAGCAGCAGCAGCAGCAGCAGCAGCAGCAGCAGCAGCAGCAGCAGCAGCAGCAGGAGGAGCAGGAGCAGGAGCAGGAGCAGGAGCAGGAGCAGGAGCAGAAGGCAUACGGCCAGGCAGGGCACAUGGCAUGGGUAGUGUGGUGGGUGAUUCUAGUCCCACUGGUGGCAGCUUUUUAGGUCUUAUAGCAGCACAGAGCGGUGUUACUAGCUCCCAUGGGAGCAGCGUGGGUAGUCAUGACCCUGGGAUUGCCCCAUCGCCUCAUUUAAAUGCGAGCAACAUCCUGGGCCACCACCUGAGGGCUGUUACCCGCCCUCUGUUGCCCUCACCUGACGGCGCCAGGGUGUCACCUGAAGGAGCACAGGAGGUGCAGGGAGGGCAGAAAGGCUGGGGGAGUGUAGCGGGUGCAGGGAUGGAGAGGGAGAAGGAGAGGGAUGCGAGGGAGAGUGGGAAUGCUGUGUCUCCUGCGUGUGGGGCUGGUUACAGGCGCACCGAUGGGGGGAGGAAUCACGCCCAAGCUCACACCCCUGCUGCUGCUGCUGCUGCUGCUGCUGCUACUGCUGCUGCUGCAGCAGCAGCUGCUGUGGUUACUCCUUUUCCGGUUAGUGCUCACUAUUCUAUCAGCGCUCCCGCCACGACUGCUUCACGUGCUUUUGGCACUGCUCCUGCUACUGCUGCUGCUACUGCUUCUGCUACUGCUGCUGCUGCGACAGCCACUUUCAAUGCUCCAGCACGCCCCAGGAGUGCCUCGCCAUACGGCACAGCGGGGAACACUGAUGACUUUGUUCCCACUGGUGCCUUCGCUGCUGUCGCUGCUGCCGCCGCUGCUGCCACUCCCGGUGGUUCUGGUGCUGGCGCUGCUACUGGUGCCACUGGUGCUACUGGUGCCACUGGGGCCUUUGCUGCAGUUGGCAGGCAUCGCAGCCCAUCUGCAGCUGACUCGCUAUCUCUGGAGCUAGAAGAAGAGCUGCGACGCGCAGAGGAGAUGGAGAUGGACUCACAGCACCCCCGCUCUCCCAUGCGUGUAAACGAGCACCACAUGUCACAGCAGCAGCAGCAGCAGCAGCAGCAGCAACCAAGAGCGCCCAUGCGAACCCAGCCCCGCAUACCCAACCUUUCCGCCCACGUCUCUCCCAUCUCCUCCUCCUCCCCUUCCACCUCCCCCACUGCCACCUCUUCUCGAGGCCAUUCCGAUGUAUCAAGCGGGAGCAGAUCCAGCCAGCACAGGAUUGCUGCUUCAGCACCAAAAGCUCGCCCCAGGAGCUCCUAUUUUCCUAGUGAGGCGGGGAAAGGCACGCGGGUUUCUAACGAAUGGAGGGAUCAGUGGGAGGGGAGGGCGCGGGCUGGGGCGGGGAGUGACGGCGGGUCGCGUCCUGAGGAGGGACGGUUGUUUCAUGCGCUAGGGCACAAAGUAUUUGCUCUGUUUCGGAAUGAGAAGAAGGGAGAUGUGGCAACGGCACCUGGGAGACAUGCGGUGGCAGCAGCGGCUGCUGCAAGGACAGGACCAGCAGCCGCAGCAGCAACAGCAACACCAGUAGCAGCAGCGGCAGCAGCAGCAGCAGGAGUGACGAGGGAGGAGCAGGAGGCAGCACAGGCAGCGGCGUUGGCACUGGCUAGCGUGCAGCGGAUGACAGGAGGGCUGAAGAAGCUGGAUGGGAAGAUUCGCGACGGCAGGUUUGCAUGGAAGGAGUGA